CCCAUCUCUAGGUUAAUACCUAGGAGGUACUCCGGCAUCCUCUCCGGCUCUCCGUCAUCAUCUAUUUCCUAUCUGUGACACUGCUUGUGAGCAGUAGUCCCUGGGUAUAGAUAUGUAUCCCGCUUGAUCAUGAUACCACCGCAACUUAAUGGGGCCUUUGGGCGGGGGUUCUUGGUUGCCCCUACCUUGCAAGCCCUACUUCUGAUGCUCGGUGACUCUCGACUCUCAGGCAUUGAGGAAAGAAGACCCCAAUGGUUCCGCUUAGUGCCGCAAAGGUCCUCACCUCCUGACUUGAUCGUGAACCCUGGACACGCAAGUAUUGGGGAUCGCCCUGGGCUGGUCUGUUUCUUAACAAACGGGACCCCUUUCGAGGACCUUCCUGCUCAGGUGAUCAGUUUCCUCGGUGUUCAUCGUGUGAUCAUCUUCGGAACCCCCUUGUUUCUUCCCACGGAGGAACUUGCUCUCUUGUUUUCCUGACCAGCACACCCCGGUGUUCAUUAACGCGUGGAUCUUGACAGGUAAACGACAAGGUCGAGCCUGCUCCUUUUCUCCCUAACCUACCUUACCUUACCUACCAAGACUACUUCCACUCCUC